AUGGAAAAACUCGAUCAAGACAUUUUGGAAGCCACCAAAAACGUACAGACAAAGCCAGGGAAGGACGACAUUGGAUUAAAGUCUCGGGAAGAACUAGCGAACCUACUAAUCACCCGUUAUAAGCAAACUGGAAACACAGAUGACCUUCGGGAAUCGUUACGCCAUCAGAUGCUGCUAUGGCGCUCAUUGGACAUUCCCACUGAAGGCGAAGCAUCUCUCUGGUACAUGGUCAUUAUAGGUGAAGCCCUGGGUUCCGGCAUCCAAUAUCGGUACGAAGAAACGAACGACCUGGAAGACCUUAGGGCAGCCAUUACUAUCUGCUGGCAAGUCUUUUACGAAGAUCCCAGUAAUGCUGAGCACGAAGCAAUACGGAUCAGGCUACCAUUUGACUUGCGUACCGGAACGCUUUUUUUAUACCAGAAGUCGGGAAACUUGGGCGACAUAGAGCUGGCGGCCUCAUAUUCGAGGCAAGUUUUGCCUUUUAUUCCAGAUGAUGUCGAGGAUCGAGCCAACCCUCUGGAUGAGUUUGCUAGGACCCUGUUCAAGAAGUACCAGGUGCAACAGGAUCCAGAUAUUCUCCCAGUCGGAAUACCAUUAUCAAGGGACACCAUCUCCUGGACUCCCGAAAGUCAUACCGAGAAACCCGCUAGAAUAGCUAACCUCGGGGCCUGGCUUUUGCGACGCUAUGAGAAAAAUGGAGACACGAAUGAUCUUCUAGAAGCGAUUGAAAAGACAGAGCUUGCCAUUAGUCUGUUGGACAAAAACAAUUUUAAUCAACUGAGAUUCCUGACCAACCUUGGGAUCAUGCUAUUUCGACAGUUGGAGCUCACCUGGGAUAAGAACGAUCCUGAACAGGUUGAAAUUAUGGCAUCCCGUGCCGACAUUGGUAGAGGAUUGCAAGUAAACAGCAUUGCGCACCCAUUGCUGGGAAUUGAGGCAGCCAGAGAUGUCAUCCGUAUCUUCAAAUUUCACGGAAAGCUAGAAGAAGCAAAUUCCCUUGCGCAAAAGGCAUUGCAAUUACUGCCCAUGGCCUGUCAUCCAACCAUCACAGGCCAGGAUCAGCAGCACGCCAUCCAACAGAUGUCGAGGUUCGCUGCCGAAGCUUGCUCUCUAUCACUUCUUGUUGAAAAACCGGAGGAAGCGCUUCUGAGUAUUGAAUUCAGUUGUGAAAUCAUCUUAUACCAUUUGAUCAAGUAUGGAAACAGACUGUCUCUUCUGGAACAACAAAGUAAGGAUUCGGCAAUCCGUUUUGACAAGUUGCGAUCUACAGCCGCCCAGGCUGUUGAUACGAUGGACCAAGUCACUAUACAAGAUCGGAUAGUGCCAGAAAUGGACGACUUUGCCCACGACUAUGACUUUGGCCUUGCGCUGAUACGGAAUCUACCAGACUUUAAGAAUUUUCUCUCAUUGCCAAACAUAGACGACUUGGUCAAGGGAGUCACUCAUGGCUCAGUUGUGAUAGUGAAUAUCACUCCCCUUAGCAGUGAUGCCAUCAUUAUCCUGCCGUCCGGAGAACGAAUCAGGUCCCUCAACUUACCAAAAGCAACCCCCCAUGGCAACUCUCUUCUGGACAAGCAUUCCAAGGCUUUCAAUUGUAUAAGAAAGUCCCAGGGUUUAGAUAUAGAGAGCGACAUGGAUCUAUACGACGAACAGUUUUUGAGUUGGCUUUGGACGGCGUGUGUAGACCCAAUUCUCAAGGAGAUCGCAUGGUCGCCGUCAUCAUCGUCAACCCCUCGAGUUUGGUGGAUCGGGACUGGCAUCGCCAGCGGAUUUCCGUUUCACGCAGCAGGCAACUCCGAGGCUAGCACUUUGGAUAAUGUAAUCUCGUCUUACAUUCCAUCUAUCACGUCUCUGAUCGAAGCCAGAGGCAGCAUUACAUCCAGUAGCGACAAUGGCGAAGGGAUCUCAGUCACGCUCGUCACGAUGCCCAGAGAUUCAGAUGGCUGUCGGCCCCCAGAUCCUACAGAAAUGCUGCGGAUGAUGGAGGAGACUCCUGGAGGUACCUUCAAGGUAGAGACACUCUCAGAGCCAUCACUUGAAGAGGUAUUGGAAAAUCUGCGCAGGUCUCAUGUUAUUCAUUUUGCUUGUCACGGGUACUCUAAUCCUCUCAACCCGUCCCAAAGUUACGUUCAAGUUCGCAGGCGCCUAUCACCAGGCGCAGACGACGGAAAACUGACAGUGGAGUUGUUGUCUAAUAAGACAACCUUUGACAAGGCACAAAUCGCUUUCCUCUCAUUAUACACCCCAGCAGAGGGCAAAGCCAAGCAAUCGACUGAUGGAGGGUUAGACAUCAUCAGUGCAUUCCAAUUGGCUGGAUUUAGGCAUGUCGUGGGAUAUUUGUCAAACGCCGACGGCGCUUCUAAUGCCCAUAUUACUAAGAGCUUUUAUGAGUCUCUGAAAGAGAACGUAUUGGGGGAAAACACAGAUUAUCUGGUGGCGAAGGCAUUACAUGAUGCUCUAAGGAGCGCUAGAGACCAUGAUAACGAUCCACAUUGGUGGGCUCCAUGCAUUCACUCCGGUCCUUGA